AUGGGAUUUUGUGGGAUGCCAAAGGGGGCUGUGUUCGGGUAUAUCCAGAAGUUCUGGGUAACAGCUCAUGCCAGACUUCGGGCAGAAACCAAGCAUCCCAGGCAUCAGCGGGUCGGUCAGUCCUUGUUCCAUGAAGAGCUCCGGGCCGGCCCUGCCUCCUGCCCUGUGUCCCCAGCUGACGCCAUGGGAGAUCUCUCCAGCUGCUGUGCGCUCUGCCCCCUCACCUCCCUGCUCCUUCUCAUCCAGCUGCCCACUGGGGGGUCCGCAGCAGAGCUGUGCUGCAGAAGGGUCAUGUCGUGGGUGUCCACAGUGGGGUUCUUCGUGACUGGCCCCUUGGAUCCCAUCGUGGCAGUGCUGGGCGGAGACACCGAGCUGCCGUGUCAUGUGUUCCCACCCAUAAGUGCAGAAGACAUGGAGCUGAGGUGGUUCCGCUCCAAGUCUUCAGAAGCCGUGUUCAUCUAUCAAAACCGAGUCGAGCAGAAUGAGGGGCAGAUGGCUCGUUACGCAGGGCAGACCUCGCUGGUGAGCGACUUCCUUGCCCAGGGGCAGGCUGCCGUACGCAUCCAGAGGGUCCAGGUUUCAGACAAUGGGCUGUACACCUGCUUCUUCAGAAAGGGAGGCUUCUACGAAGAGGCGAGUUUGGAGCUGAAGGUGGCAGGUGUGGGCUCUGCCCCUCAGGUGCGCAUCACAGGGCCUGAGGAGGAUGGGGUCCGUGUGGUGUGCACGGCCUCAGGGUGGUUCCCGAAGCCCCAGGUGCAGUGGAGAGACCUCAGCGGAGAGAAGUUCCCGGCGUUCUCCGAGGCCCACAGCCAGGACGCUGAAGGGCUGUUCAGCGUGGAAGUGGCUCUGGUGGUGAGAGACAGCUCUGCAGGGAACGUGACCUGCUCCGUCCUCAACACUGUCCUGGACCAGGAGAAGGCCAUGGCCAUUUUCAUCCCAGAGCCCUUCUUUCCCCAGGCCUCUCCCUGGAAGCUGGCUUUCUUAGUGAGCCUGACUGUGCUGAUGGCCCUGCUCCUUGGGGCUGGAUAUUACACCUGGAGAGAACAUUUCGGGAAGUUGCUGGUGAUGCAAGAAAAGGAGAAUCUGCGCCUGGUGAAGGAGCAGGACUGGCGGACGAAGGAGGAGGUGCUGAAGGACACAGAUGAACUCCGGACAGAACUCGGCUGGAGGAAAUCCGCUUACCUGGCUGCCUGGAGGAAGGCCCAGCUGUAUGCAGACUGGCGGAAGGAGAAGUUCCAGGCCUGUGAGUGA